UGCAUUUGAAUACCGGUAUAGAUAUAUGUAUCUCAAAUACAUCCGAUUGGAAAAAUAUGAACCGCUGAGAAAUUAUUUAAUUUUAUGGAAUUUUUAUGACAACCUUUGCAAUAAAAUAAUGUCUUUGAAAUUAAGUCGCUGGAAAAGAAUUAAUCGAACGAUAAAUUUAUUUAUGUUGAGAUUUAUUUGGAUAAAUCCUAUAUAAGACAUGAUAGUAUUAUAAAAUAAGGUAUAAGAAAACAACCCGAGUUUUAUUAAAAGUCCAAAUAAACCCCGAAAAAGUAAGUCCUCGUAGUCUUCCAUUAUAUUGAGCCCUACGUGAGGAUACAAUGAAAUUUUGUUUCGAACACUACUUGAACUUUUGAAUGUAUACGAAAGGCAGAAACGAAUUGAAAAAUUGAUUAUUCCAUUCCAUCAGAGUCACUUUUUUCCAAGGGGGAAACAGCGGACUUCAAGACUUCAAAAGACUUCAACAGACUUCACCCGCUGUGACUUCAUCUUUUCACAAGACUUCGAAAGACUUCUAAAGAUUUCUGAAGACUUCAUAGGACUUCAAGUGACUUCGCAAGACUUCAUAAGACCUCGUAUGACUUCAUGGGACUUCAGGGGACUUAAAAAAACUUUCAAAGACUUCGUUAGACUUCACAGACUUCGUGAGACUUCAGGGACUUCAUGAGACUUCACGGAUUUCAUGAGACUUCAGAGACUUUGUAGGACUUCUUGAGACUUUAUAAGACUUCAUCAGACUUCAUAAGACUUCACAAGACUUCACAAAACUUCACAAGACUUCACAAGACUUCACAAGACUUCACAAAACUUCACAAGACUUCACAAGACUUCACAAGACUUCACAAAACUUCACAAGACUUCAUAGGACUUCAAGAGGCAGAUUCCAUGCGUAUCAAAAAAUCUUAUAGAAAUUACAUGAAACCUCUAUAACAUGCAAAAAAACAAAACUUAUCAAAUAGUAGGGGUGUCAUUUACCGUUUACUUUAUAAUAAAUAUAAAUUAUUUAUCAUUUAAUUUACGCGUAAAUUAUAUGGAAAGUAAAUAUAAAUUGACACCCUUAUUCAUAACAGAGUAACUAGUGUCUUCCGAGAACCACGAACAGGAAUGAUAUUGAAAAUUGAUUGCUCCCAAAAGUCUGUUUUGUGGAACUCACGUAUAUUUUCGAAGAAAAUAGUGAGUGUACGUUUUCAGUUCGAGGUUUGAUGGCUCUCUCUCCCCCCAUCCCAUUAUAGACACUUAGCAACGGAGAAAGAGAACAUUACAGACAUACCCCCCCCCCAAAUUACAGCCCUUAGCAACGAGGAUUAAAUAAUAGUGAAAAUAUUAUUUUAGCUGCAUUUAAUCGUGCAAAAGAACUAGUUAGUAAUUUGAAUAUAUUACCUUCAUUAAAGAAAUGCAAUGCUUGUGAACUUAAUGGUUUAAGUAAAAAUAUAUUUGAUAGUAUUAGAUUCAACAUUAAUUCGGAUACUUAUUCGGCAACGGAUGCAGAUUCUUCAUCAGAUUCUGAAUCUGAUUAUGAUGAUGAAACAAUGGAAAGUAAUGAAUUUAAUAGUGAUCUAAUCAAUGUAGAUGAAGAAGAUAAAGAUGCGGCAACGACACAAAGUGUUGAUGAAAUUACAACUGAGAAAAUAAAUUUUACUGGUAUGCGUAUAUUUGAUUCGAUCAAUCGAAUAGGUGUCAAAAGAUCGAAAGUCAAAACGUCGAAAGUUAAAAUAUCGAAGAGGCAAAACAUCGAAGAGGCAAAAUAUCGAAAAGAAAAAAGUCGAAUGGCAUAA